GAGCAGUGGGAGGCCCUCCUCUGACUGCCUCCACAGGGCUUUGCUUCCCAGCUGGGAGAGAUGAUUCUAGUCUGCAGACGUUUGCCAAGGGCUUUGAGCCUGGACACCUCCUCUUCUGGGAUCCCCAAGAUGUGCCCUUCCCUGAACCGUGCUUGGUGGACAUCUGUAACCAAGCUCAGUCUUCAUACAAAGCCCAGAAUGCCUCCAUGUGACUUCACACCUGAACGAUACCAGUCCCUUGCCUAUAACCGUGUCCUGGAGAUCCACAAGCAACAUCUGUCCCCUAAGCUGGAGGCGUAUUUUCCGAAGCCUUUGUUGCUCCACCAGGGUCACAUGCAGUGGCUAUUUGAUUACGAGGGAAACAGAUACCUGGAUUUCUUUUCUGGAAUUGUCACUGUCAGUGUUGGUCACUGCCACCCGAAGGUUAACGCAGCUGCACAAAAGCAGCUUGGCCGCCUGUGGCACACAAGUACCUUCUUCUUCCACCCUCCAAUCCAUGAGUAUGUAGAGAAGCUUGCAGUGCUUCUCCCUGAACCUCUAAAGGUCAUUUUCUUGGUGAACAGUGGCUCGGAAGCCAAUGACCUAGCCAUGACAAUGGCCAGAGCACAUUCAAAUAACACAGAUAUCAUUUCUUUCAGAGGAGCUUACCACGGAUGCAGUCCAUACACACUUGGCCUGACAAACAUAGGGCACUUGAAGAUGGAGCUUGCCAGUGGGAUUGGCUGCCAAUCAACAAUGUGCCCAGAUGUUUUCCGUGGCCCUUGGGGAGGAGACCGCUGCCGAGAUUCUCCAGUGCAAACAAUUAGGAAAUGCAGCUGCGCACCAGACUGCUGCCAAGCAAAAGUUCAGUACAUUGAACAGUUCAAAGAUACUCUGAUCACUUCUGUGGCCAAAUCAAUUGCUGGAUUUUUUGCAGAGCCAAUUCAAGGGGUGAAUGGAUUUGUUCAGUACCCAAAGGGGUUUCUAAAGGAAGCCUUCGAGCUGGUGCGAGAGAAGGGAGGCGUGUGCAUUGUGGACGAAGUGCAGACAGGAUUCGGAAGGCUGGGCUCUCAUUUCUGGGGCUUCCAAACCCAUGGAGUCCUGCCGGACAUUGUCACCAUGGCUAAAGGGAUUGGGAAUGGCUUUCCCAUGGCAGCAGUCGUGACAACUCCAGAGAUUGCCAAAUCUUUCACUAAACGCCAAUUUCACUUCAACACUUUUGGAGGAGGCCCCAUGGCCUGUGCCAUUGGAUCAGCCGUGCUUGAGGUGAUUAAAGAAGAAAAUCUACAGGAAAACAGUCAAGAAGUUGGCACCUAUAUGUUACUGAAGUUUGCUAAGCUGCGUGAUGAAUUUGAAAUAAUCGGAGAUGUCCGAGGCAAAGGCCUCAUGAUAGGAAUAGAAAUGGUGAAGGAUAAGACGAGCCGCCAGCCUCUGCCCUGUGAGGAAGUUAAUCAAAUCCACGAGGACUGCAGACACAUGGGGCUUCUAGUUGGCAGAGGUGGCAUUUUUUCUCAGACAUUCCGCAUUGCUCCCUCGAUGUGCAUCACUAAAUGUGAUGUCAAUUUUGCAGUGGAAGUAUUUCGUUCUGCCUUAAUCCAACACAUGGAAAGAAGAGCCAAAUAAAAUUUUUAAAAAUAAAAAA